UGCCACUCGUUGCGCGUCCUUAUAAUUUGGAGAGGUGUAUGCAGCGCACGGUCCGUUCAACUUUCCAGGUGGAAAUCCAGGAGGAGCAGAGACCAAACUUAACUGGGACGACUGGUGAACCCGGAUCAGGACAGGUCAUGGAUGAGAUCCCGCGGCAGCACCUUUACGGUUUAACUACAACCAGUUGAAGUAUCACUGCCCGCCAUCAGGAGUAGGCAACCAGGGAUAUUCACAUUUCUUUUUGGAUUCAACUGUUUACAUUAAAACUCCACAUUUUUUUAGUUGAUAAAAAUCUGCAAUGAAAAGGAGUCAAGGUGGAGAGGAAUCAGCGAAACUGCUGAUUUGAAUGCCCACCCUCUCAGACAAGGAAGGAUACAGUGAAAAGGCGCCGAAAUGAAGGAGAAAUCCAAAACGGCAGCAAGGACUAGACGGGAAAAGGAGAACAGCGAAUUUUAUGAACUGGCCAAAAUGUUGCCUUUACCUUCGGCCAUAACCUCACAACUGGACAAAGCCUCCAUAAUAAGACUGACAACGAGUUACCUGAAGAUGAGAAUUGUUUUCCCUCAGGGUUUGGGUGAGGCUUGGGGUCAUACAAGUCGAACAAGAUCUCUGGACAAUAUUGGACGAGAGCUGGGAUCUCAUUUGCUGCAGACGUUGGACGGAUUCAUCUUUGUUGUGGCUCCAGAUGGGAAAAUAAUGUACAUUUCAGAAACAGCGUCGGUCCAUUUAGGACUGUCUCAGGUAGAGUUGACUGGGAACAGUAUUUAUGAAUAUGUACAUCCUGCCGACCACGACGAGAUGACAGCUGUGCUGACGCCACAUCAGCCAUAUCACUCACAUUUCGUCCAAGAAUAUGAAGCAGAGCGCUCUUUCUUUUUGCGGAUGAAAUGUGUGCUGGCAAAAAGAAACGCAGGCCUCACCAGUGGUGGAUACAAGGUGAUCCACUGCAGUGGCUACCUGAAGAUCCGUCAGUACAGUUUAGACAUGUCUCCUUUUGAGGGCUGCUACCAGAACGUGGGUUUGGUGGCUGUGGGUCACUCCCUGCCUCCCAGCGCUGUGACCGAGAUCAAACUGCACAGCAACAUGUUUAUGUUCAGAGCCAGUUUGGACAUGAAGCUCAUCUUCCUGGACUCCAGGGUGGCAGAGCUGACAGGUUAUGAGCCCCAGGACCUGAUAGAGAAAACCCUGUACCAUCACGUCCACAGCUGUGACAUCUUCCACCUCCGCUGUGCACACCACCUCCUGCUUGUAAAAGGCCAAGUUACCACUAAGUAUUAUCGUUUCCUGGCCAAGCACGGCGGCUGGGUCUGGGUCCAGAGUUACGCCACAAUCGUCCACAACAGCCGGUCCUCAAGACCUCACUGUAUAGUCAGCGUCAACUAUGUCCUCACGGAUACUGAGUAUAAGGGAAUGCAGCUGUCUUUGGACCAAAUGAGCCCCACCAAGCCAGCCUUCCCCUACGCUGACAGUCACAGUGAAGACAGGAAGAGCACCAAGUCACGUCUGACCCAGACGAAGGCCAAAGCCAGAGUGUCACCCUACCCACAGCAGUUUUCAGCUUUCAAUCCAGAGCGUUCAGAGUCAGACCAAGACAGCCAGUGGGGAGGCAGCCCGCUGACAGACUCUGCUUCUCCUCAGCUGCUGGAUCCCGGCGAGGCUGCGGAGGCAUCUUGUGCCUACCGACUGUAUCCAGACUCAGGCUCCCUGUGCUAUGGCCUGGGUCUAUCAGAGGACGAUAUCACCCAUGACCAAACACAUCCUCACACCACCACCUGUGACCGCGUGCGAUGUCAGAGCGGCCGCUACUUCCUGGGAACCCCCCAGUCAGGAAGAGAAGUGUGGUGGGAUGCCACGCGCUCUGUGCUCUCGCUGCCAAAAUCUUCCAACGACAACAGCGAGGGCUACGAAAUCACAUCCUACCAUGGAGCCAUUCACGGACGGGGCCACUGGGAUGAAGACAGUGUAGUGAGUUCACCUGAUGGAGGCGGGUCCACCAGUGAUUCAGGUGAGCGUUACCAUGGUGACCACUUCCGGGCAACCCCUCGAGAGCCCAGCAAGAUGGAGACCCUAAUCCGAGCCACGCAGCAGAUGAUCAAAGAGGAAGAGAGCCGCCUGCAGCAACACAAGGUGCCGCUGGACGUCUCAGGCCUCGCCAAAGCCCACAGCCCGUGCUUCACCUCCUCACUAUCGCACCACUCCCAGCUCACCAUGCCCAGCGUGGUGUGCCGUGGCCCGGGAGCCCCCAGCAUCGACCUCCCCUCUGAACGUCUCCAUCAUCGGGACAGCGUCAAAGUGCUCGGUCCGCACGACAAUGACGAAAACACAACCAGUCCGGCCUCUCUGUCUCGUCUCAGCAGCCCCAGUUCUGAUGGGAUCCCCAGGUCUGGCCUCUCCCUCACCAAAGACUACAUGCAGACAGAUCUGUCCCCCCACCCUCCACAGCCCCAGGGGAGCCCACUGCUCUAUCAGGCCCAGGAGAGGCAAUCACUGGACAGGCAAGCAGCCUAUGCUUUGACUGGAUACUCCCUGGAGCACCUGUAUGACCCGGAGAACCUGCGGAGUUAUUCAGGCCUGGCCUGUGGAGGAGUCCAGUAUGAUGUGGCGUCCCAUGUGAGGAUGCAGGCCGAGCAGAUGCAGGGACACAAGGCCACUUCAGUUAUCAUAACCAACGGGAGCUGACGAUAUCUGGUGCAGAUAGUUCCUGUUCUCUAGAUGAGGAUGUUACAGUAAGGGGGUGCUUUAUGCACCUGCAAACACCGACCAGGUGCUUGAUACAAAUGGCCAGACAAUAGAAAAAAAAGAAUAAAAAGGUACCUGCACUGGGUUGAUGCACCCUUGGUGGCUCAUGCACAAUUUGUGUUUGUCAGCCUUUGUAUCAUACCAUUAUCUUUUCUAUAUCAUCGGAGGAUGAUUUGAACUACUGUCCAAGAACUGACAUUUGGUCUGCCACUUCCCAGAGUGGAGGUUUGCUCCAUUAGUUAGGGAUAUAGUGUUAUUUUAAUGGUGAAAUAAAUUCCCCUCCUUGCAAAGGCGACCUAAGUUUUGAGUCUGGUUAAACAUCAAGCCAGUGUGCCUCACGCACCAUUGGCCAUGUGAGUUAAUCUGUCCCGGACACUAUUUCCAAAGGCAGUAUGAAAAUGUGUUGUUCCAUUGCCCCUUCACCUGAAAACUCCAUUGCGCAGAGAAUAAUGUUUGACACAAGAAGUGCAACAUGGGAAAGGCGAGAGUUUCACUAUUGUAAGAUGUCAAUGUUUCCUGUUAUUUAUUUGUCAGUGGGCUGUUUUCUCUAUGUGCCAUUUUUUUCUGUCCAAGUAGAAUCUUUAUUGGUCGCAUAAGAUUUGUUUUGGUGUUUGGAUUACACCAACAUUAGAUUAAAAAAUGAAAUGAAGUGGAAAAACAGAAAGAAAAAAUGCUUCUGAUAUGUAAAAGUGUAAAAUAUGCAGGUCAACUUUAAACUGUUUAAAUGUGAAAUGCCCUUACUUAGAGCGCAAAGAGAGAACCCAAAACACAUUUGUAAUCUCCCCAUGCCCUCUAAAUAUAGGCAUUGUAUAUAUUGACUUAAGUUGUGCCUGAAACAAUAUUAUUUACAUAUCAGAGUAUAAUUUUCCCAGUUUUUUACCUCACUUAACUGUUACCCAAGUUAUUAGCAUAUGUAGAGUAUGCUUUUAAAUCCCUAAAUCCUGCUCCACAUGUAAUUGUUCUCAAAGAAAACCAUUUGUUUUAGUUUUUGUUAUGACAAAUAUAACAAAUACAAUUGAAACAGACUUAAUAAGAAUGUGUUUAAUGUCUUUAGUUUCUUAUUUAAUUUAUGCUGUAAAUAUCAUCUCACAAUGAACUUUUGAACAAGAAGUGACAAGAUUAUUUAUUAACUGGUUUUAAAGUCUUGAAUCUGAAUACAGUUGCAAACCAACAACUUCUGUCUCUGUUGAUUUUUGUCGCACAACUCUUAUCUGGAAAAAAAAGUGCUUUGAAUGAAUUUGCCCACAACUGCCGCCUCAGAAAAACUCCAUAACAAUUUUAGACAUAUUGGAGAUAAAUGUAGCUGUUGUUCAUCCAUCGUGAACAACCAGGACAGCUUUGUACAAUGCAUUUUGAGAUGUAUAGAUAUAGAUAUAAAUAUUAAGUUAAUGAGUUAAUUUUUAUUUCUGUAUAAUGACAAGUAUUUGGCCCAUCCCCAGCCAUUUAG